GGCGGCGGCCAUUUUGUGUCAGGAGGCCGGAGAAGAAAGACGCGGGGAGGUUCUCCUCAGCGGUUCCAGGCUCGAUUCUGCCCGGAAUUGACCCGAAGCGGCUCUCUAGUCAAGGAAAUAAAGUCUCGAAGGCUGCUUCUGUAAAGAUUUAGCCAGAAGCUGCUUGUUAGUUCCUUCGAGGCCGGCCCUCCGUGCUUCCUUUUCUCAAUCUCUCUUUCGGCCUUCGAGGAUGCGAGGCUUCGGGGAUCGAGGCCGCGACCGAGACCGCGGCGGGUUUGGCAGUCCUCUUCCUCCCAAAAAGUUUGGAAACCCUGGGGAACGUCUGCGUAAGAAAAAGUGGGACUUGAGUGAGCUGCCCAAAUUUGAGAAAAACUUCUAUUCCGAACAUCCAGAAGUAGCAAGACUCACUCCAUAUGAGGUGGAUGAACUGAGAAGAAAGAAAGAGAUUACAAUUCGAGGAUCAGAUGGUUGUCCCAAGCCAGUAUUUGCCUUCCACCAGUGUAACUUUCCACAAUAUGUAAUGGAUGUCCUGAUGGACCAGCAUUUUACAGAACCAACUCCAAUUCAGUGUCAGGGUUUCCCAUUGGCUCUUAGUGGUCGUGAUAUGGUGGGAAUUGCACAGACUGGCUCUGGAAAAACCUUGGCAUACUUAUUGCCAGCAAUUGUUCACAUCAAUCACCAGCCAUAUUUGGAAAGAGGAGAUGGUCCAAUUUGCUUGGUUUUAGCUCCUACCCGAGAGUUGGCCCAGCAAGUCCAACAGGUAGCUGAUGAUUAUGGUAAAUGUUCAAGACUGAAAAGUACCUGUAUAUAUGGAGGAGCACCCAAGGGUCCCCAAAUCAGGGACUUGGAAAGAGGUGUUGAAAUUUGCAUUGCUACACCUGGACGUCUAAUUGAUUUCUUGGAAGCAGGGAAAACUAACCUUCGUCGAUGUACAUACCUUGUACUGGACGAGGCUGACAGAAUGCUAGAUAUGGGUUUUGAACCUCAGAUUCGUAAAAUAGUUGAUCAAAUACGGCCUGACAGACAGACUCUAAUGUGGAGUGCCACUUGGCCAAAGGAGGUGCGCCAGUUGGCUGAGGAUUUCUUGCAUGACUAUGUCCAGAUCAACGUGGGCAAUCUGGAGUUGAGCGCCAAUCAUAAUAUCCUGCAAAUAGUGGAUGUGUGCAUGGAAAGCGAGAAGGAUCAUAAACUAAUACAACUGAUGGAAGAAAUCAUGGCUGAAAAAGAGAACAAGACAAUUAUUUUUGUGGAAACCAAAAGAAGAUGUGAUGAUCUCACUCGAAGAAUGCGUAGAGAUGGUUGGCCAGCUAUGUGCAUUCAUGGAGAUAAGAGUCAACCAGAGCGAGAUUGGGUGCUUAAUGAAUUCCGUUCUGGAAAGGCUCCGAUCCUCAUUGCUACAGAUGUUGCAUCACGUGGUCUAGAUGUGGAAGAUGUAAAGUUUGUGAUAAACUACGACUAUCCAAACAGUUCGGAGGAUUAUGUGCACAGAAUUGGCCGUACUGCCCGUAGCACCAACAAGGGCACUGCCUACACAUUCUUCACACCAGGAAAUCUGAAACAAGCUAGAGAACUAAUAAAAGUACUAGAGGAAGCCAAUCAAGCCAUCAAUCCUAAACUGAUGCAGCUUGUAGACCAUAGAGGUGGUGGCGGUGGCGGAGGUGGUCGCUCUCGUUACCGUUCAAAUAAUUCUUCCAACAACCCUAACCUGAUGUACCAGGAAGAGUGUGAGAGGAGGCUCCGGGGUGUUAAAGAUGGCCGAAGAGACUCUAGCAGCUUCCGGGACCGCGACCGCAGUGACAGUUUUGCCAAUGGAGCCAGCAAGGGCUAUGGUAGUGCUUAUGGGAAUGCAAAUUCUGCAUUUGGGGCACAGCAGGGCCAGUAUGGUUAUGCCCAGGGAGCUUAUGGAACAGCUGCUUAUGGCACAAGUGGCUACGGGGCGGAAUAUGGUACUGCUGGGUAUAGUGGAGCCAGCACUGCCACCACUGGGAGAACCUCACAAAGCACCAGUCAGCAGCAGUAUGCAGGGUUGGGCCGUUCAGGCCAACAGCCACAGCCUCUCAUGUCUCAGCAGUUUCCUCAGCCUCCAGGCACCAACGUAAUGGGCUAUAUGGGACAGAGUGCCAACUACCAAUAUCCUCCACCUCCACCACCCCCUCCCCCUUCACGCAAAUGAACCCAUUUAUUUUAGUGGUUGCCAGUCAAGAUUUGCAAUUUAAGAUCCUUUCUCCUUCUCCCCACCUUCCCAUUGUGAUGUUUUCCCUGAGCAGAUUAAAUGUAGAGCCACCCAAAUUCUACCCAUAGAGUCACCCCCAGUCCAUAUUACUGAUUUUGUUUUUAAAAUUAGCAUUGACUGGAAAAGUUACUUUUUACAUAUUUUGGCCUUGCAUGUUGCAAUCUAGAAUGAUUGUUUUCUUUUUCAAAAGGAAAAUAUUCUUAGAAGGCAGAUACGUCCCAGUCCAAUUGUCAUUGUGUCUGAGGCUUGUGUAUGAGAACUUGCUGCAGAGAGGACAACUUCUCCGUGCUGUAAUCAUCAAGAAAGCUGGUGCUAAGAGUGCUCCCUUAACAGAAUAUUAAAGGUGGUGUGAUUUUUGCUUACUCUGUUUAAAUUUGAGACUUUGUUUUCUACAACAAUAUUCAAACUGAAGCCUUGGGUUUAGCAUAAGUGACACAACGUGUGGUUAUUCCGAACAUCUACUCUCCAAAAAUAAUAUUAAAAGGAACAUUUAAUUUGGUUAGCCUUCCUGCAACUCCUAAAUGUCUUAUCAUCCCUUUGGGGAAAGGAUUCAAGAGUGUUGGAUAUGAGUGUCCCUUUCUGUUGUAAUGUACUUUCUCUUUAGGUUUAAUCACAAGAUUGUAUUUUUAAAUUAAUUGGGUUUCUCUUUGCCUGUUAAAUUACUAUUAAGGGGAUUUCAUUGGGGAUUACAAAACAAAUUUUGCUUCAAGCUUCUUUUGUUGGGGUUAUGUUUGCACUUGAGCAAAAUGGGGGGCUGUCUUUUUAAAAUACUUUCAAAAUAUCACUAUUCAGAUAAAAUGGUUCAGUUUUUUUUAGAUAAAAUCUUAAAGGUUUCUUUUAGUCUAAAUGGGAUCUGAACCCCUCUUGGAGCUACAUUCAUAUCCUGGUUUGAGUAGGGCUUUCUUUGGCUUUUGAGUUGAAUUUCUUCUACUGUCUUUACACUCGGCUUUUACAGGUAGGUAGCAUCGUAGGAAAUCUUAGGGAAGGAUGGAACUUUAGUGAAACACUUCCAUUCAAUCUUACAACCCCCCCCCCCCUCAAGCUUAGCAAACUUUUAGGUGAGGUGGGGAUGGGAGAGAGGGUCAGGAUAAUUUUUGAGUACUAAGGGUUAUUUCUUGUGAGUGUUAGGAGAAGAGGUGGUCAUAAUUUGCUUUCACAAUGCAUCUGUAAAGUUCAGAGAGUUUGGCAAGAGAUCACUGAAGUACUUUUUGAGAGACAAAAUGUUUGGCUGAAGUGUUACCAUUUGUUUUUGUUUUGGUAAAUGUAUAUAGCUUAAUCAAAUAAGACAGGCCUGUUAAUACAAUUAUAAAAUGUAUUUUUGAUUUGUGUUCCUCAGACAAUUGGGGUAUUAUAAGUCAGUUGUGUGUCUUCAUGCAAUAUACAGGUAGGUUGUUGGCAUAGACUAUGGGAAGGAAAUGUUUUUCAGGAUUUUAAAACAAUCCUUUUGCUUCACUGUAAGUUAGCAAAAGGAGAAGCCUGGUAAUUCAAUGCUAAAAAGAUCAGAAAAGAACAUGCAUUUUCUGAACAGUUCCUGAUCUAUUUCCUCCCCGAAAACCAUUGCGGAGCAAUUUGUAGUUUAUACAGAAUUUAAUUACAAGCAAAGGGUAUAUGGGGAGAAUGCAUAUUUCCCACUGUUCUUAGAGAAAUUUCAGGAAAAUCUUAGUCUUUAGCAAUCUUUGCAACCAUAAAACUGUUUUGGGGCGUUGCAGUGCUUUAUUAUAGGUUAAGUGCAGCCCAGAAGCCUUUCAUGCUCAGCCAGGCAGGGUAUGAGCCAACCAUUGCAUGCUCUGGGGCAUAUAUUGCUUACAAUCUACCUGGUGCGGCUUGGUUCCACUUACCACCUAAAGAGCCCUGCUGACAAUAUGGUAAUGUUUGUUAUUUCCUUAGUAAGCAUUUAUAAAAACACAAAUCCGUCUUUUCUUUCCUUCCAGAUAAGUCAUUUUGGAUGUUUUACCAUUAAAACGUUUUAGAUUCUGAACUUCAGAGGCUUCUCUGGGUGGGAUCAGUGGUCACUUUCAACCCUUGCUGGUAUUUUGAACACAUUCCUGUUGUAUUAACAAAGACUUGAAUGGAGAGAUUCAUAACUCUGUGGUGUUCAGGCACAGCAUACUAAAAAGCUAUGUUACUAUUAGUUUGUAAAUUGUCCUUUUGAUACCAUCUUGUUUUCUUUUGUAGGUAUGAAUAAAACACUGUUGUCAAUAAA